AUGUUUCUAUCCCUUGAUGUCACGCCAUCGCGGGCCCCAUAUGACCUGCUUUCAGAUCUUUGCACGCUUCUUAUUAUUGCAGGAGACUCGACAGAUGUUCCAUUGCAGCCACUCAUCAGGGCCAUUGAUAUGGCAUUGACAAAAGGCAGCAGCAGUGGUGAUGUGAUGGUAAUGGCUGCUCGUGCGAUUGUUAUUAUACUUGAUAGGCUUUCAGGCUCUUUAUUUUCUCUGGAUACGAGAAAUGGAUUGGAUACUUUCAGGAAAUGUUUUUCCACUGUGGUUUCCAUGGUGGACAUGCAAAAAAGAGAGUCACUGCACUUUGAGAAGUCAUCGGAGGGCGAGUUGAAGGAGGAGGUACUGCAGUGUUUAUCCCUUUCUAGCAAGUGUUGUGAACUUGCUGUUGUAGUGCCAUCCACAGAGGAACAGAUCCAGUUUUGUCUUGCUGCUGUGGAUGGCUCCAAGCGUACUUCGUGUAAAGUUCUCCAUCAUUCCAUCGGAUUGAUGCGACAGAAGGAACUGAAGAGUGCUACGGAUUGCAGGGCACUGGAACAGUUGGUGCAUCACCACCUGAUGGCUUUAUUUCACUUGGACAUUGACCACGAAUGGGACGAACUCCUCCGCACAGUUGUGGAGGGCAUUUUAACGUAUCGGGCGUGGUGCGCCCCGCGUGUUUUGUCCCCAGACCGACAAGGAGGAAAACAUCGCCGCGGGUCGGAAGAAGGGGGUGCAUCAUCAUCAUCCACUCAUAUAACUUCUCUUAGGAAUAUGAUGGUAACUUUACUUCAGAUUGGUGAGCGGAUCGCAGGUAGCGGGACGGCGAGUUCGCGUGUCCAACUCACACUGGCGUGCCUGGCUAGUGUGAUUGAAACUCACUUACUUCCCAGAGAAGCGUGCGAAUCGGCAAUGUUGUGGUUAGCGCAACUCUUGCUGCGGAGUGAAGUGCGCAGCGCGAGUUUUUCCAAUCCGUUUAAUAGCGGCAGUGACUCUGUGGCGGUUAAUGCUGAGCAACCGUGGAUCGACAGCACACCGACCUUGCCGAACUUACGAUGGGUCGUGCCAUCGCUGUUGUGGAGUGCCCUGGUGCUGUUGGCGAAGUUGUGUGGUGCAAAUUUUAACUUUCAGAGUGAAUAUAUAUGGGCAUGGCGUGGUAGAGACGAUGAGUACCAUUUGUACAUUAAAAAAGUCAGACGACGGUUGACGACAAUGUACUUCUCCGCUGAGCGGUCAAGGAUUGUUGCCCCGGGUCGUCACGUGAUUGAUUUGCAAACCAUGACGGACAACUUUGCACACGGCGACACAGCCUCAAGGGUGCAUUUCCAACCCAUACCGUGUGCCAUAUCAUUUGAUGGGGGACUAGCUAUUCCGACACGAGGUAUGAUGCUUAAGAAAAAGGUUUGCGCUGCUGUGCAAGAUGCGUUACGUCCCUUGUCAUUCGGACACACGCAGGUGGCCUCUUUGGCGCGUUCCAUACGGUUUUAUAUCAUAUGCAGUGGCGACCCCACGAACACGAUGGACGUCAUUACCGCUUUCUGCAGUCUACCAGCUGAUCAGAAGGAGCCUACAGUUGGCGAAAUAUGCGCUACACUGCUGAAACGAGAUAAAAGAUGGGCAAGUGUACUGCAGGAAGCCGGGGUUGCUGACACGCCGGCCGCCGAGUGUUUGGCCCGAGAUGGAGGUAAAAAGAACAGGAUUGAAAGCUCAACUUCAGAGGUAAAGCGUGGCGCCGACUGUCUGCGGGAGGUUCAACGGUCCCCUGGUAAUGUGCUGGCGUUCUUGCGUACAACCUCCUCCUCAGAAUUGUUGGCGUUUGUCCAAGGGUUGGAGAAGUCGCCGUAUGGUGAGGAGCAGAUGAUGGCUUUGUGUGAAGAAAUGAAAAAAGAUGAUGUACUGGCUUCACGGAUGAGAACUGUCGCACAAACAUAUGUGUUGCGUGUGCUUCAUCAUACGGCAUCGUGCAAACCCGUGGGUGAGGACCUUGCGGAGAGAGUGCGCAGCACUUCUUAUACAGUAAACAUCUGCAGUGCAGGUGAUCGAAUUAAGGGGAAGGGCGCUCCGCGGUGUCCCAAUGGACAUGCUCUUCGUGUACACUUUAGUGUUAACUGGAGAUGUGAUUCUUGUGCUUUCGCGAAUGCAUUUGGAUCCCUUGCAUGCAGAGACUGUAAUUAUGACUUAUGUAGUAACUGUGUAGACGAGAAGCUUUCUCGCAUGGAGACAAAUUCCUCGGCAGUCGUUGGGGAUGUCAUACAAUCCUGGAAGGCGUUAAAGUUGAAAAGAUCGCCUUCCACCAGUAGCACUUCUUCUCAAAAAAGAAAAAGUGGUUGCAGCGGGAAUGCCGGUGAAGUGAUGCUUUUUACUUCGAGUGGUGUUGUACCCGCUAGCCGACCUGUAUCGUUGCUUGAAGGAAAUGAUGUACACAUAGCCCCAGUAGGCGGUGAGUGUCGUUGCUGCAUCCCUUGUCCUCCGUUUGUCGCAUGCUCAGCGGCUCACAAUAUUGCUGAACACUCAUCAUUACGUGUGUUCUUGCACACUUUCCUCGCCACGCGACCUCAGCGGUGGGUUGACACCGCUGUUGAACUUUCCAUCGUAAAUGCCCUCGAGUCGCGCGGUGAAGACAUUUUCCUAAGCGGGGUUUCUGGUAUUCCAUCACGAGUGGUUCUUAUACUUCAGGAGGUGGCUCCAUAUAUUUCGCUUGCGUUCAAGCGUAACAUGGCUCACUUUCUUGCCGUUGGAUGCUGCAGGUUUGGCCUCUACCACUUGCAAGAUGUCGGUGUGAAUGUACGGGGAACUGUUACUGGAAGCAUAGCUAGUAAUGGUCUUGCGUUUAAGGUAACGGUGAAGAGGAAUACUGAAAGCAUUACGAACACGUUGUACAAAGUUUUUCUGGAAUAUCCCACGUUGCGUAACAAAGUGGAGUUUAAUUUUGAGGGCGAGGAGGGCACAGGAGAAGGUCCAACACAGGAGUUGUAUGCCGAGCUGUCACGUCGGUAUCGCAGCAUGUCGGAACUAUGGCACCACCGGGAUGAUGGUGUGUGCAUCGCCUUUCCCAGCAUGCAGCAGGUUCAUCCCAAGAGGUUCUUUGUUCUCGGUGCUAGCUGUGGUCGGGCCUUCGCUGAUGGCUAUACGAUGGAUAUUAGUCUUUUGCCGGUCGUGUGGCCGCUUAUCCGCUCACAAACUCCUUCAGUGGAGGUGUUGUGGCAUCUCUUGGAGGAGGUCGAACCGGCCCUGGCGAAUUCCUACAAGUGCGUUCUCCAAGCGACGGAUGCCGAACUUGAACAAAUGGGCCUUGAGGACGAGGAAACUGGUGAGGCGCUGACCGUUUCAACGGCUAAGUUUUAUGUGGAAAAGUGUGUAGAGAGGCGCCUGACUAAUGCUGUUUCGAAUCUCCACUGGUUUGCGCGUGGUCUUGCAAGUGUUGUGGAUCUUGACGCCUUUUGGUUUUUCACAGAUGAUGAAAUGAGUGCAAUUAUUUGUGGCUUCUCUGCGGAGGACUCCGAGGAGAAACUUUUUAGUGAAGAGGCGCUGCGUGCUGCUGUCAUGGAGGCACAUGGCUACUCCACUGGUUCUCAGGAGGUCGAAACGUUCAUUUCUCUUGUCGGUGAUGAGUUUACUCGUGAACAGCAACAACUUUUUAUUGAGUUUCUAACAGGAUGCCCUCAGCUUCCCCUGAAUGGCUUGGAUGGGCUUGGGAGGAAAAUAACUGUUGUCCGGAAGGAGUUGGAGGGUCGUGGCGAGCAGACGCUGCCAUCGUGCAACACUUGUUUUCUCUAUUUUAAGCUUCCCCCGUACUCAACACGAAAAAUAAUGAAGGAACGUCUUUUGGUAGCAAUCACCGAGGGCAGAAGGAACUUCAGUUUGUCGUAA